CAGUAAUGGCAUCAAACUAAACAACCCAGUCUCACCUCUCAGUGUAUUAGCAACAAUCAAGCGCUCAGAACCGACCUGUACCAGCCCCAUCCACAUUUCUCGACAGCGUUAGUACAGCUUUGCUUUUGCGUCAGUCGUUUCUAUUUGUCAUCGACAAACCUGUACAAGUCAUUGAACUGUCCAACAUCUCAAGGAAUGUGUACCUCCAAAUAUAUCAAAUAUACAUGCGGCUGUAAGAAGGAGAUGGAGUUCAUCCAGUGCCCGGAACGCCAGGGAACCAAUGUCAAAUGCAAUCCAGUCAGAAAAGAAUGGGGCAAGGACUCGACCAACUACUGUUCAAGGCACUUGGUUAAGCCAGAUGCGCCGGUGAAAUACACAGAUCAAAACGGACAGGUCGUGGAAGAGUGAAACACGGCGUGUAAACUACGGAGCGGCAUUGAGAUGGUGCACUGUAGGUUGGGUAGUCAGGGAAUUUGUCCGCUUCCUGGGUGAUUUCUACUCAGACACAUGGUAGACAGCCUGUUCGCAAUAUAUUGGCGAACAGUUGCAACAUCU